AACAGAUGAAAGUGAUGCCGAAGGACAAACUGCGGAUGAGGAUGACGAGGAUGGCGAAAUUGUGGGUGCCGUGAAAACAAGAACCACAGCGUCACGGCCUCGGGAAGAAUCUCAUGAUGAGGAGGAAUCUUCUACGGAAGACGACGACGAUCAGAAUGUAACCUCUAGCGCCAACUCUUCGGACGAAGCAGAGACAUGGGACGGCGAUGAUGAUGGCGACGAGGAAAACGACGACGCCAAAAUCGAGGAUGCGAAUGGCGCAAAUUGCGUGUAAGUCUUGGUUGUCCGCAUGCAAGAUAAUUCACAUACUUUGACUUACAUCAGCAUUUCCAGCUUCUGCCAGCAAGACGAGGACCACGACCCUGCUGAGGAGUAUGAAGAGUAUCUCGCAUGCGCUAUAUGUGGUGAUCAUGCCCAUCGACAUUGCGCGAGAAGCAAAGGUUUGAGCCCGCUGGUAACCGAACAAGACGUCACUGAUUGGACAUGCGAUCGCUGCGCUCGAGAUGACUCGCAGGCGAAUCUCAAGCACAUCUCUGCCCAUGUGGCAGCCGGAAGGCAGACAUCUGCUCCUAAAAUGGCUCGCGAUUUGCUUCCUGGCGCUCGAGGAGGAAUAAAGCCGGGUUCACAUUCAAUAUAUGCCACUCUCAUUCUACCGGAGGACGAACUAGACGGCUCUCGCUCGCUUAGGAAGCGCAAGACAGCUUCUGCAGAGGCCGACGAAAUCCCGCAGCCCAUCAAGAAACGAAGGAGAGCCAAGACUGACGAAGGAUCCGUGGAACACAGGGGUUCUGCCGAGACUGAAGCCUCCGACAGUGAUGCAACCAAUAGAACCGAGGAGCCAGGUACUCCAAAGUCGCGCCCCGGGCGACCACAACGGCAAACGAAGCUUCGCAAGCGGGGAUUACGCAUCGUCUCGCAAGCAGACAACCCGAAAAGCUUCGUCUUUGCCUUCCCGAUUACUAUUGCACAGUGGGACCAAAUAGAGAGGGACGUAUUAAAGAAACAGAAGCGGCGCGAGCGGGAUCGUCUGCGUCGUGCUCGUAAUCACAAUCAUGCGACAACUGUCGAGCCAGAAGAGCAGUCACACUUCCCAAUGGUGCAAACGACGAUGUACUCGAAUCCGUUCUUCCCGUUUCCGGACCGCGAGACGGAUGAAUCGAAGGGCAAGCCAUACGGUGGUAUCUUAACGGAUCUCGAAGCGGAUACAGCUCGCACAUACCCUACCGAGGCUGAUCGUGAGGCAUUCCAGAAGGCCCGUGAGAUGGCCGAACAGCAAUGGAAGGAGAAAUUGGCGCAAGCCAAUGGAGAAGCGACAGUAACGGCAAGAACGAAACAGAGUGGUCCACCAAGCAAAAUCAAGUGCAUAAAUUUCGGUCAAUAUGAAAUCGACACUUGGCAUGCUGCGCCCUACCCCGAAGAGUACAGUCGCAACAAGCACCUUUUCAUAUGCGAAUUUUGUCUGAAAUACAUGUCCUCCGACUAUGUGGCCUGGCGUCAUAAGCUCAAAUGUCAAGCUAAGCAUCCGCCUGGAGACGAGAUCUACCGCGACGAUCACAUCAAUCCCGAAACUGGUGCGCACACAACACUAUCCUUCUUCGAAGUCGAUGGACGCCGCAAUCCACUCUAUUGCCAAAAUCUAUGUCUCCUCGCAAAACUGUUUCUUGGAUCGAAAACGCUCUACUAUGAUGUCGAACCUUUUCUGUUCUACAUCAUGACGGAAAACGAUAGCUACGGUUGUCAUUUUGUCGGCUACUUCUCAAAGGAGAAACGCGGAUGCGGGCUCCCUCAGUCACUGGACCCGCAUACGUCGUUUGAGGAAACGCAGGAAACGCAACUCGCGGACGGCGGCGCUGGCGAAAACGUGGAGAACACUGCGCUGGAUCCCGCGUUGAGCAACCCUGGUAAUAACGUAUCGUGCAUCCUCGUGCUCCCUGUUCAUAUGCGAAGAGGCUUCGGCAAGGUUCUGAUUGAAUUCUCAUAUUUGCUGACCAAAGUCGAGAAGCGGACUGGCUCUCCGGAAAAGCCUCUCUCCGACAUGGGCCUGGUGUCAUAUCGUUCCUAUUGGCGUGGAGUACUUUGUCGCCUGCUUCUACGCCAUCAGGGCGAGGAAAGCAAGCCGGUCGCCAACGAUCGGCCGUCGAUCGUCAAGAUUGCAAAAGAGACUGGAAUGACCCCCGAUGAUAUCAUCUCCACCCUGGAAGGACUUCGUUUCUUGGUCCGAGAUCCGAUCACGCGGCAAUACGCUCUCCGACUCGACUAUGAAUACAUGCGAGAGUACGUUGAGAAGCACAACAAGAAAGCGACCAUCAAAGUUCUGCCUCAACGACUGUGCUGGACACCUUACGUCAUGGGUCGCCCAACGAGCAUGUUCCCAGUGGGCGAAGAAACCAAUCAGCCUCUCCAGACUGUUGCGCAACGUGAAGAGCCGAUCCUCGCUAGUUCCGAAUUCAACGUUGAAGACAGGAAUGACAACAUCACGCGCCAAGGGGAGGCUUCGCACGCUGGAAUUUCACAGCAUGUCGAGACAAUCGAGAUGUCUGAUAUCCCUGCUGCGAACCGAGCAUCUGUGGCGGUUCCUGACUUGGCACCUGUGCAGGAAGUCUCAACCCCACGAUCCCACCUGAACAGUACUGGACAUCUCACUCCGAGACGUUUGCUCCCCGCAGAAUCCCCGAAUGGCAUCCAUCACAACUUAGGUGACGAAAGCCCAGCUUCGACUGGAUCGCAGCUUCUUCCCGAUGGCGUGAUCCCACCGACUCGCUAUGAAAUCUUCCCGCCAGUACCUGGCAUGGCCUCGGCGAAGCGUAGGCCUGGCAGACCUGCCGGACGCAGCGCGCGGCGGAGUGGUAGCUACAGAACUCCUGCCCGGCGAUAUGGUGCCGAAGCUCGGAAUCGAACACCUAGCAGGGGCGGCGGUGCUUCUGCUCUGCGCCGAACCAGGAGCAGGCUAAGUAACGUGGCCCUCACCAUCCAUCAGGGCGGCACUGUUCCCCUUCAGUCAGAUAUCGAGGUCGAGGACUUUGCACUAGCGGAUUUCCGCCACAUCGCAGAUGGGGGUGUCGAUGCGGAAGCGGAAGCAGAUUCCGAUGCUGAUGCUGAUGCUGAUGCCGAUGCCGACUUUGAAGCCGACGCCGACGUCGACGCCGACGCUGAUGCCGACUCAUACGUCGAUGCCGAUGCAGAAAGAGAUGAUGACGAGGAUGAGAUUUUAUAUGAGUAGGAUCGGCAUGCUAAGAUUGGCCAUGACUACGGUCUCCUUUAAUGUCACCGAAGCUGUACCAUUAGUGACAUAAUUACGAAUCAACCCGGUUUACAACCCUGAUCAACGUUCCGGAAGAGCAGUAACAAGCUGAUUCCAACCCGCAUGGUGAGACAAAUUGGCCUCGAAGCACAUCCCUAUAUUUUCCCGAACACGCUUCCUAAAUCCAGUCCUUAGAUCGUCCGAGCUGAACAUUUAGGUACACA